AUGGCUGUGUUCUUUAUUUUCCGCACUUGUGUUUGGUGUGUUCAAAUUGUUUUUCUUUUCAUAAAUGCAGAUUGUGGCCAAAUCGUCCGGACGCUACCAGGCUUUUCUGGUACUCUUCCGUUCAGUCUUGAAACUGGAUAUAUUAGCGUGGGGAGCUCAGAGCUUUUCUACUUGUUCGUGAAGUCGCAAGGAAAUCCUGAAGUGGAUCCUCUUCUUUAUUAUAUAGUUGGAGGCCCUGGUUGUGCUGCUUUGAAUGGUUUCCUCUUUCAAACUGGUCCACUACAGUUUGAUGAAACUGGUUACACUGGAGGUUUGCCAACGUUGCAUUUAUACCCACACACAUGGACCAAGAGUGCGAGUAUAAUUUUUGUAGAUGCACCAAUUGGCUCUGGUUACUCCUAUUCAACAAACCCAGCAGAUUACGAGAUCUCAGACUUACAGUCAGCAAAUCAAUCUUAUAUGUUUAUAAGAGAGUGGUUAAAUGAGCAUCCCCAAUUUAUCAAAAACCCAUUUUUUGUUGCUACGGAUUCAUAUUCUGGUGUACUUGCUCCCAUUAUCGCAAAUAAUAUAUUGGAUGGUAAUAAUGCCGGACUUGUGCCAACAAUAAAUCUAGUGGGGAUUGUAAGUGGAUCACCACGUAUGAAUGGUAAAGAAGAACAAAGUUAUCAAACAAUAUUAGCCCAUAAGCUUGGACUUAUAUCCAAGACUAUUUUUAACUAUGCCAAAGAGUAUUGCAAUGGCACUUACUUCUAUACGGAUACCAGUACAAUGAGUGCUGAAUGCCUAGAGUAUCUUGAAGUAAUCGAUGAGUUAAUUGAACAAAUAAAUACGGAAAUGGUGUUGGCUCCCAAGUGUAGCACAGUAUCACCCAAAUUAGAUGAUGGAAACAAGAGGACAUCUUUGAGACAAACUGAUUAUUGGUGCAAGGGAACAAUAAAAGAGUGGCGAAGGUGCAAUCUUACAUUUUCUGGGGGCUCAUAUGAUUAUGAUGUCGAUAGUUCUUUUGACUAUCAUAAAAAUCUUACCAAAUUAGGCCUACAACUUUUGCUUUACAGUGGCGAUCAUGAUUUGGUUGUUCCACAUAUAUACACAGAAUAUUGGAUGGGUUUACUUGGCAUCACUUUGGAUGAAGAUUGGCGACCAUGGUUUGUUGGUGGCCAAACUGUAGGGUUCACAAUGAAGUACUCAAAUUAUGGAUAUCGAUUGACUUAUGCAACUCUGAAGGGAUCAGGUCACUCUCCAACUGAGUGGAAGGGAAGGGAAACCUAUGAAAUGUUUGAAAGGUGGGUACAUUUUUACCCACUUUAG